CCCAGCCCUACAUUCAUGGCCCUGCGUGCAAUUUCGCCACCCACAUGUGCCCCUCGGGACAAAAAGUUUGCCCACCCCUGAUCUAGAUCAAUGAAGUGAGGCCAGCCCCUGGCCGUGUGUCCGUCAGCUCCCUCUAUGUCCGGCUGCCUUGCUCGAGCCGGCUCCAGGAGUGGAACAGACAGUCGUGCUGCAGCAGCCAGGGGAAUGGUGACCAAAGGCCAAAGUCCCCUCCAUUUGCUGCUGCACCACAGCCUGGCGGGGCCUUUUACAGGAAAUCAGCAGCUGCAUCCACCCUGCACCUUCUCCCUGCUUGCACACACCCCUCCUGGGUCAGGGAAAGGCUUAACCUUUGCAGGCUGUUUCUGUUUCAUUCUGCAUCAUCCCUUCAAACACCUGAGGCCUCACAGGCAUCAGAGAAGGGUCCAGCAAAGCCAUUUAAUACCUAAUACAAGACAGGGCGGAUUUCCCACGGUGAAUUCCACGACAGACGUCCCCCAGGGCCUCCAGCACGUAGCGACGAGCUCGCCACUGACUCCCUUCUCUACGUGACGGAGUUAAUUAUCUCUGCAGCAUGUCGGUCAAACUCAUCCUGAUUGAAAUCUUGGAAGAGCUGAGUGAGGAUCAGUUCAAAACAUUCAAAUGGCGUCUGGAGAAUGGAGAGGAUGGCAAGAGAAUAAGCCAUCGCUAUUUGGAAGGAGCCAGCCGGCAAGAGACCAUUGACCAGAUGGUGAGCAGCUUUGGAAGUGCCGGUGCCUGGGAAAAAGCCAGGGAGACCCUGGAAGCCGUACCUAGGAAAGAUCUCGCUGGCAAGCUCAUGAAGAAAGUGCCAGUAGCGAAACAAGCUGAAGAGAGAAAAAAGGAGCCCACAGCAGAGAUGCUAAAGAAGACAACAGAGGAGGAGCGCACAAAAGAAACAACGACCAAUAGCAUUUCAAAGAUGAAGGGGGCUCUUGUCCGACAGGCCCUUACUGCCAGCCUCGAGACACUGCGAAAAGAUCAAUUUGAAAAGUUCAAAGAUGUGCUGUGCACGACACCCCUGAAGGAGCUUGUGCAGGAAGGAGAUUCUUUCCUUGACGCACCCAAUACAUUCCAGAGGGACGCCAGCCUAGAAAACCUUGUCGAGGAUUUGAUAGGCAAAUUUGGCCGGACUUACGCACUGAGAGCAACUGCGACGGUGAUGGAAAAAAUAGGGAGAAGGGACCUUGCUAAAGAACUCCAGGGAGAAUUACAAGCCCUGCAAGUGACCUCUCACGGACUGAGAAGAAAACCGAAAGCUGGAGAACAGAGCCAGAGGACAGACGAAGAUUCCUAUUGCCGCCUUAUCUAAGAUUUUCCCUGCGCUUCAUCCUGUCCCCGGCUUCCUUAGAAGAGAUCCCGGCAUUGGAAAGACACAGCGGCAAGGGCUGAUCCGAGGCCUCUAUCGAAUUAAAUAAAAUGGCGAUUGCUUCCCACACCUGCCUGUGAGCAAUUCAUAAUCGUUACGGUUGCGCCUUCUCGUGUUGUGCCUGGUGUCGGAAACCCCCGAAGACGGCUGGAAUGUUUCAAAGAAUAAAAAAUGGUUGGUCAGCUAAAAUCAGCUCCCUUUUUAAUACGGAA